UCGCCACCGAAGGUGACAGCGGACAGAAAAAAUGGCAACUGCGUACCUUACUCACCAUCAAAAAGUCUUGAGGCUUUACAAAAAAUCAUUGAGGCACCUUGAAUCAUGGUGUAUUUUUAGGUAAGUAAAGUAGUUCUCGUUUUGGAGUCUUAUUGAGUAAUGUGCAAUGCUCUUAUCGACUGCAUGGAACCAACUUGUUAGCUAGCUAGCUAGGUCACCCUCUGUUUACCCGUACGCGGUGGCGUGGGGCUAACGUUAGUAACGUAACGAUACGCUCGCUGACAUGCUAUAGUAGCCAGCUGGUGGAUAAACUAUAUUUGCUAACUAUCUGCUCGAUUCAAGAUGGUGCAUGCCUCUGUACUCCGAUAGCUAUCGAUCAUACACGCACACUCAGUGUAGCCUGUUGUUGUUGACACUAACCGCAGCACCACCUACUUAUUUGGUUUACAGGGAUAAAUACCGCUUCUACGCGUGCAUGCUGAGGGCACGCUUCGAUGAGGCCAAGGAUGAGAAGGACAUGGUCAAAGCCACUAUGAUGCUGAAGGCAGGAGAAGAGGAAUUCUGGUCUAACCAACACCCCCAGCCCUACCUCUUCCCGGACUCUCCAGGAGGAACUUCCUAUGAAAGAUAUGAAAUGUACAAGGUAAUUAAAUUAGAAGAUUGUCCAACAUCUGGAUGUGCAUUGUGUGUUACGGAUUAGGGUCCUUCUCUCAUCCCGGGAUUUACGGUAUUACCAGUUUAGUACACAAAGGGGCAACAAAAAGACUCAUAAAAGCCCAUUGCAUUGGGCGUCUAUUACCAGAAUGCAAACAAAAUUAGCACAAUUAAUAGCGAAUUUCCAUAGAGGCUGCUAUCUGAAUAUGAUAACGAGCACAAGUGAAAAUAAACUAAUUACAAAGACAGGCAAUUCAGCUCUUAAAGUUAUACAUAUAUAGGAAGGAGCUACUGAAUGUCCUUUUUGGGGAGUUUGAACAUUUUACAAGCGAAUGUGAAUGAGAGACAUUGUGCAAAUGAACAAAGUUUUGACACAUGCUUGUCUAAGGAAGAACAGUACUGGCUCUGAAGCAGCAUGUGCACAUGCUGUGUCUGUGUGGAGUCUGGAUUCGCUAGGGCAACAGGCCUGCCUGCUCUGCUCAGAGAACAGGUGGGAGGAGCAGACAGGCUGAGAAUGGAGAGGACAAAAAGAUAACUCAUCCAAAGGGCAUUGACUUCUCAAACACGGCAGAAGCGAACACUAUGAUGCCUUGUGACCUUAUUAAUUCAGCCACUUGCUUAGAUAACUUGCAAGUUAAACUUAGGGGUUGCGUUAACGCAGAAUUCAGCAUUUUUUACGCAGGAAAACAUUAUUAAACACAUAAGAAAUAUCUUUCUGCCAGAUCUAAAAUGGUUCUUGUAAUUUCUGCUCGGCAUCACACUAAUUUUGUGCUUCAGUUGCACUUCUCCACUCGGAUGAGAGUUCACGAACGGGCAUUCUAUCAGCAGACAACACUCUGACUGAUGUGUAGCUAGUUUUCUCCUGUGCUUUUCUCGGUGUAGUCAGCUUACUUUUCUCCGGUAAAAUUAAAGAUUAACUUUAAGCAAAACAUUUGGAAAUGUAGCUGGCUACAUUCUUUCUAUGAUAAACAUUAGAAACAUGAUGGCCAUGCAUCGUUAAAAAAAAGACCUUGCUUUUUCAUGUAAGCUCAUUUACUUGUGUGGCUGCCAGCCAAAUAGCGUUGCACUUCUGUUGUCAUCUGAUGAAAAUGAAGCUAUUUUCUGCUGAAUGUGUUGCACUAAUGUAUUUUCUGUGAAGUAAAACUAUAGUGGUACGUCCCUUAUCAUUCUAUUGAAGCAAAUAAACACUGACUUUCAAUAUAAAACCCGACCCCUGUCAAUAUACAGCUGGACUCACCUGCUCCCUCUUUCUGCCGUUGUGCUAUUUACAAACACACGUGACUGGCUCAACUGUUCUGGGGAACAACGGUAAGCUUCAUAAUGUGACAGGUGAAAUGAAGAACGCGAUCUGCUUUAUCUCCGAACGUAUUGCACAAGUUGACUGCAGGUAUUUAUUUAAAGUAGCUACAAAUAUAAACAUGUAUUGAAAAAAUUCAAAUAAAUAGUUUCAAGGAAUUUACGGUAUUGAAAAACCAUCCCGUGGCUAUUUCCAAAUACCCCGAUAUAUGGUACAGUGAGGGAAAAAAGUAUUUGAUUCCCUGCUGAUAUUUUACGUUUGCCCACUGACGAAGACAUGAUCAGUCUAUGCGGACGACACCAUUUUGUAUACAUCUGGCCCUUCAUUGGACACUGUGUUAACAAACCUCCAAACGAGCUUCAAUGCCAUACAACACUCCUUCCGUAGCCUCCAACUGCUCUUAAACACUAGUAAAACUAAAUGCAUGCUCUUCAACCGAACGCUGCUUGCACCCACCCACCCGACUAGAAUCACUACUCUCGGCGGGUCUGACCUAGAGUAUGUGGACAACUACAAAUACCUAGGUGUCUGGUUAGACUGUAAACUCUCCUUCCAGACUCACAUUAAGCAUCUCCAAUCAAAAGUUACAUCUAGAAUCGGCUUCCUAUUUCGCAACAAAGCCUCCUUCACUCAUGCUGCCAAACAUGCCCUCGUAAAACUGACUAUCCUACCGAUCCUUGACUUCGGUGAUGUCAUUUACAAAAUAGCCUCCAACACCCUACUCAGCAAAUUGGAUGUAGUCUAUCACAGUGCCAUCCGUUUUGUCACCAAAGCCCCAUAUACUACCAACCAUUGUGACCUGUACGCUCUUGUUGGCUGGCCCUCACUACAUAUUCGUCGCCAAACCCACUGGCUCCAGGUCAUCUAUAAAUCAUUGCUAGGCAAAUCCCUGUCUUAUCUUAGCUCACUGGUCACCAUAGCAACACCCACCCGUAGUCUGCGCUCCAGCAGGUAUAUCUCACUGGUCAUCCCCAAAGUCAACACCUCCUUUGGCCGCCAUUCCUUCCAGUUCUCUGCUGCCAAUGACUGGAACGAACUGCAAAAAUCUCUGAAGCUGGAGACUCUUAUCUCCCUCACUAACUUUAAGCGUCAGUUGUCAGAGCAGUUUACCGAUCACUGCACCUGUACACAGCCUUUCUGAAAUUAGCCCACUCAACUACCUCAUCCCCAUAUUGUUAUUUAUUUUGCUAAUUUGCACCCCAGUAUCUCUAUUUGCACAUCAUCUUUUGCACAUCUAUCAUUCCAGUAUUAUACGAAAUUGUAACUAUUUUGCACUAUGGCCUAUUUAUUACCUUACCUCCAUAACUUACUACAUUCGCACACACUGUAUAUAUAUUUUCUGUUGUAUUUUUGACUUUAUGUUUUGUUUACCCCAUAUGUAACUCUGUGUUGUUGUUUUUCUUGGCCAGGUCGCAGUUGUAAAUGAGAACUUGUUCUCAACUGGCUUACCUGGUUAAAUAAAGGUGAAAAAAAUAAAUAAAACAGUGAGACAGAAUAACAACAAAAAAAUCCAGAAAAACGCAUGUCAAAAAUGUUAUAAAUUGAUUUGCAUUUUAAUGAAGGAAAUAAGUAUUUGACCCCUCUGCAAAACAUGACUUAGUACUUGGUGGCAAAACCCUUGUUGGCAAUCACAGAGGUCAGACGUUUCUUGUAGUUGGCCACCAGGUUUGCACACAUCUCAGGAGGGAUUUUGUUCCACUCCUCUUUGCAGAUCUUCUCCAAGUAAUUAAGGUUUUGAGGCUGACGUUUGGCAACUCGAACCUUCAGCUCCCUCCACAGAUUUUCUAUGGGAUUAAGGUCUGGAGACUGGCUAGGCCACUCCAGGACCUUAAUGUGCUUCUUCUUGAGCCACUCCUUUGUUGCCUUGGCCGUGUGUUUUGGGUCAGUGUCAUGCUGGAAUACCCAUCCACGACCCAUUUUCAAUGCCCUGGCUGAGGGAAGGAGGUUCUCACCCAAGAUUUGACGGUACAUGGCCCUGUCCAUCGUCCCUUUGAUGCGGUGAAGUUGUCCUGUCCCCUUAGCAGAAAAACACCCCCAAAGCAUAAUGUUUCCACCUCCAUGUUUGAUGGUGUUCUUGGGGUCAUAGGCAGCAUUCCUCCUCCUCCAAACACGCCGAGUUGAGUUGAUGCCAAAGAGCUCGAUUUUGGUCACCCAGUUCUCCUCUGAAUCAUUCAGAUGUUCAUUGGCAAACUUCAGACGGCCCUGUAUAUGUGCUUUCUUGAGCAGGGGGACCUUGCGGGCGCUGCAGGAUUUCAGUCCUUCACGGCGUAGUGUGUUACCAAUUGUUUUCUUGGUGACUAUGGUCCCAGCUGCCUUGAGAUCAUUGACAAGAUCCUCCCGUGUAGUUCUGGGCUGAUUCCUCACCGUUCUCAUGAUCAUUGCAACUCCACGAGGUGAGAUCUUGCAUGGAGCCCCAGGCCGAGGGAGAUUGACAGUUCUUUUGUGUUUCUUCCAUAUGCGAAUAAUCGCACCAACUGUUGUCACCUUUUCACCAAGCUGCUUGGCGAUGGUCUUGUAGCCCAUUCCAGCCUUGUGUAGGUCUACAAUCUUGUCCCUGACAUCCUUGGAGAGCUCUUUGGUCUUGGCCAUGGUGGAGAGUUUGAAAUAUGAUUGAUUGCUUCUGUGGACAGGUGUCUUUUAUACAGGUAACAAGCUGAGAUUAGGAGCACUCCCUUUAAGAGUGUGCUCCUAAUCUCAGCUCGUUACCUGUAUAAAAGACACCUGGGAGCCAGAAAUCUUUCUGAUUGAGAGGGGGUCAAAUACUUAUUUCCCUCUAUAAAAUGCAAAUCAAUUUAUAACGUUUUUGACAUGCGUUUUUCUGGAUUUUUUGUGGUUGUUAUUCUGUCUCUCACUGUUCAAAUAAACCUACCAUUCAAAUUAUAGACUGAUCAUUUCUUUGUCAGUGGGCAAACAUACAAAAUCAGCAGGGGAUCAAAUACUUUUUUCCCUCACAGUAUAUACUGUAUACCAACCAAGCCUAUUACGGAUACAAUCCCCUGAAUCUCAAAUCUACCCCCAGCCCAUAGACACUUGUGUAGAUCUGAGAGGUUUGGAUGUGUUUAUGCAACAAAUAUUAGUGCAUUGAAUCAUAUUGCAUCCAACCAAAUUGCAUCCAGCCGAAUUGUAUCGAUUCAUUCCUCUAAUUCAGGGGUUCUCAAAGUAGGGUCCGGGGACUACAAAAUAUUAAACUAAUAAUAAUAUUACUAACAAUAACAUAUAAAAAAAAAAUUGGCCAAUGGAUCCGUGGAAUAAGUUUAGAGGGUGUAAUACAAUACAAUACAAUAUAAUAUUAUUAAUCUACAAUGUAUGUUCUUAACCCUUGGCAACAUGGGCCUGGAAGGCUCACAGGGAUAAUGGUAUCCACAGUAGACCUAUACGCCAUCAAUUAUUGAUUUUUCACCUCACUACUUCUUGUAUUCCCCCCCAUGUUUUAUUGAAACAUAAAUGGACUGUAAUUUAAGCUUUAAAACUGCUAAGUUUCUUUCUGCCUCAUGGAAAAAUGUGUAGAAUUGCAGGAUAUUAGCUUUAAAGAUGCAACAAACAAAAAAAUUGCUCUGCCACAUGACAAAAUCUGUAUAAUUGCAGGAAAUUAGCUUGAAAACUGCUACAUUUUCUCUCCAAUGCCAAGGGGAGAUCCUUUAAAAUGUUCCUUCCCAGGGCCCGAGACUUGGUUCGUCUGGCUUGUAUGCUAUUUUUAUCUCACUCGAUUUGUUCUGAUUAUGAGGGGGUCCCUGAUGAAUUUGCUAUCACAAAAGGGUCCCCGGCCCCAAAAAGUAUGAGACCGGCCCCAAAAAGUAUGAGAACCCCUGCUCUAAUGAAAUUGAAUCGCACCGAAUAAUUUCAAACUAAAACGUAUUGUUCCUGUAUCGGAGCCCAUGUAUCGAAUCGUCUUGAAAGGGGAAGAUGCACAUCCCUAAUGAGAAGCGUAUACUAAAAUAUCAAAAUACUACAUGUCGUCAUGUCUCAAAAUCAAUAUCCAUCUUACCUCUAUAUUGUUUUAUGUCAUGCGGAUUCAAGAAGAAAGAUGACGAGUUCAAUUGGAAAGUGAGCCUGUCAAGUAGCCAGUAGCCUUCAUUCUGGCACAGAAUCCAGUUGACGCAAUGCAAUUUUCCAGAUUUUUGAUUACUUUAUGUCUCUCCAAUAACUUUUGAACGGAUUUAGAUAGCGACAUGAGGUUUGUAUCAUUGGUUUUCUUAUAGGAUUAUCUACACAAUUAACAUAUUACUUUACCCAUUGGUCAAAAGAUGCAUUUUUGAAUGGACACCCUACUUAUACCACAGUUUCUAAACCCAGAGGCCCAAUGUCGCAUACUUCCGGGAACGCUUCGAAGCAGACCGGGGUUUGGGAAGUCAACGGGAGAAGUGAAAAAUUCUUCCUUGUUAAUUUUUUUCAAUCUAAAGGCACAAUCUACAUUCAAGCCAAUGUCUUAAGUAGCUGCUGCUGAACAUGUUAUUACUCCAACAUCGGGAACAUGACAAACUGACACAUUUUCAUUUUCAAAAAACUACUUGAUAUCGAAGGAAUGCAUUUGAUUUGACGACCUGCACAUGCGCAGUUUGGCGCGAGACGACCGUUAGACCUGAUGACGUUUUUCUGUGCAUUAGCUAGCCAACGUCGCCAUGACUUCGCCUACAAGCGUGAUCUGGGAAUUCUAUUGGAGAAGCAGUUUAUAGGAAUAUUCAUACUGUACAAUCUUUGAUUAUACUUUUCCAAUCCUUUUUAGAGCUUCACAAGUACCUAGUAUGGUAACCUACUAUGACUUCUGCCAAAGGCCUGGACCUUACGGUACAGGAGGCAGUGUGUCUGCUCUGUAACUACUGGGCUGCUGAUUCAACCCUCUCUUUGCUGUUGACCCUCAAAUGCUACAAUACUGAAGCCAUGCAUCGGCUGUUUCUGAUUUCUUGUAUUCUGUUUUUCCAGGUCCCCGAAUGGUGUCUAGAUCACUGGCAUCCGUCAGAGAAGGCCAUGUAUCCUGACUACUUUGCCAAGAGGGAGCAGUGGAAGAAGCUGCGAGAACAGAGCUGGGCAGGAGAGGUAGGUUAGGCUACAGCUCUUUUCCAUAAAGUGAAGAAUUCUGUCCAUUCUCAUUUGUUCCUGUGACAGUAACAACAUUUUCUGUGCUAAACAAAGCAUCAAAGUUAAGAAAGAAUGCAUGGUUUGAUGUUCACCAAUGAGUCUGUCUGUACAUUUUAGUCAUUUAGCACAAUCUCUUAUCCUGAGCGACUUACAGUUAGUGCAUUCAUCUUAAGAUAGCUAGGUGGGACAACCACAUACCUCAGUCAUAGUAAGUACAUUUUUCCUCUAAAGUAGCUAUCAGAAAAGUCAGUGCUAGUAGGGGGGGGAAAGCCAAGUGUUAGUUUACGAAAGGCACUUUUAUUUGUUUUAUUUUUAUAUCUUUGCCAACAAGUACACUCCCCAAGAACCUAAAUCCUCCAAAAAGGAGUUGGACGUCUGGGAACAUUUGAUUAUGUAAUUUUCGGUCAAGGCAUAAUCAGGGACCUGGCAUAUUUUCUUUGAAGUUCUUUAAUUAUAAAAUAUAAAAUAUAAUAUAAUAUGCCAUUUAGCAGACGCUUUUAUCCAAAGCGACUUACAGUCAUGCGUUCAUACAUUUUUUUUGUUUUUGUGUAUGGGUGGUCCCGGGGAUCGAACCCACUACCUUGGCGUUACAAGCGCCGUGCUCUACCAGCUGAGCUACAGAGGACCACAAUUAUUUCCUUCCUGUUGGAUUAGAAAUAUGACAGAUUAACAAACAUUCAUAUUAAUUAAAUGUAUGAAUCAAUUGAUUAUACUCACUUCAGACCACCUUAUUAAUCAAUCUACGUGAAUUGUUGAAAUUUGGACUGUUCUGAGUCUAAGGUGUUGUCAUCUCUCGUUUCAGGUCCAGCAGCUGCAGGAAGAGACCCCUGCCAUUGGGCCCAUCUCCGAGGCCCUCCCCCCAGCCCGCAAGGACGGCGACCUCCCCCCUCUGUGGUGGCAGUACGUCACCCGCCCCAGGGAGCGCCCCGUCUAAGAGCCCCCGGGUGACACUACCUGGUGAUAACUCCAUAACAGCUCACCACGGUACCUACUACCACACAACAGCAUGCGGAUUCACCUCCUUGUGAAUUACUGUAAAGAUAAUGAUAUAAUGGAGUUGUUUUGGAAGAGGUUGUUGUACGCAAUUUGCAGUAUGCGUUGUCAGAUGGUAUUCCACCCUGCGUGAAUUGACAGUAAUUAUUUAGUUGUAAAAGUGUGUGACUUUCAAAUUUAAUGUAGAUGUACAUCUUUUCCUAUACAAGGACAUCUGUUUAAAUAAAUAUGAGUAUAAUUCUUGGGAA